AUGAAAUACAUCCAAACUGAACAACAAAUUAACGUUCCAGCAGGUGUUACUGUUAGCAUCAAGUCCAGAAUCGUCAAGGUCGAAGGUCCAAGAGGUACUUUGAACAAGAACUUGAAGCACAUUGAUGUCACUUUCAACAAGAUCAGCAACGAAUUGAUCAAGGUCACUGUCCACAACGGUGACAGAAAGCACGUUGCUGCUUUGAGAACUGUCAAGUCUUUGGUUGACAACAUGAUCACUGGUGUCACUAAGGGUUACAAGUACAAGAUGAGAUACGUUUACGCGCAUUUCCCAAUCAACGUCAACGUUAUUGAAAAGGAAGGUGCUAAGUUCAUCGAAAUCAGAAACUUCUUGGGUGACAAGAAGAUCAGAAACGUCCCAAUCAGAGAUGGUGUUGCCAUUGAAUUCUCCACCAACGUUAAGGAUGAAAUCGUUUUAUCUGGUAACUCCGUCGAAGACGUUUCCCAAAACGCUGCUGACUUGCAACAAAUCUGUCGUGUCAGAAACAAGGAUAUCCGUAAGUUUUUGGAUGGUAUCUAUGUCUCUCACAAGGGUUUCAUUACUGAAGAUUUAUAA